CGGCAGCCGCGCAACCUGUUCCGGCCCACCAAGAUCGUGCACCCGGAGGACCAGCUGCGGCAGGAGUUCUACCGCGACCACCCGUGGGAGCUGGCGCGGCCGAAGCUGGUGCUCGAGCUGGACGGGCAGGAUGCGCGGUACAGGGACUGGAGCAAGGGCCUGCGGCAGCCAGGGAUGGCGCUCAGCGGUGAGAGCGUCGUCCAGCGGCAGCUCUGGCUGAUGGAGGCCAGGGACAUGCCGAAGCAGCAGGCGUACGACGUGGCGCGCAAGGAGUUCUACAAGCUGCGGCAGCAGGAGGAGAUCGAGCGCAGGAUAGCGGUCGAGGAGGCGCGCCACUACGGCGCCUACUUUGGAAAGAACAACCUGCAGGUCGGCAUGGAGCUCGAGGACCAGGUCUACGAGCACUGG